AAAAAAUAUAUAAUAAAUAUUAAUAUUUUGAGUAAAAUCAAUGUUUUUUUUAAAAAAAUAAAGAAUUUUAAAGGGAAAAAAUGAAAUGGAAAAACUAUUUAUUAUUGAUAUUAAUUUCAAAAUUUAUUUAUGCAGAUAAAUCAAAGAAAAUGAUAUGUCAUGGUAAAAAAGAAUGUUAUCCAGAGGUUUUUGAGGCAACAAAUGUGUUUCAGGUAGUUCAUGAAGAUCAAAUACUUCCUCCAGGACUUCAUAUCCGUCUUGAUUUUAGUACGGGUAUAAAGGAAGCUAAGAUUAUAGAUGAGAAUGAAAACGAUAAAAACAAUGUUAUUUUGGUUUAUCAAGAUGGACAUAUUGAAUCUACAAAUAUCAUUAAGGAAAGCCCAGUUUUUUCCCAUAUUGCUGAGAUAAAACCUAAUCUUAAAAUAUCUCAAGUAGAACAUGAAGAGUUUUCUAUGGCUUUAAAGCUUUUAAUAUCGGAUAAAUAUAAUGAUUCUACAGAAGAAUUGAUUAAUGUUCUUUCAGUACUGGAGGAAUUAUCACAUGAAUUUGAAUUUGGAAUAAAAAUAUGUAAAUCUAGGCUUGCAGUGGAACGUCUUAUUGAACUUUUAGAAACGUCAAAUUCGAUAUUUAUUAAAAAGUUAGCAAUUACAGUUUUAGGAUCAUCUGUUCAAAAUAAUCCUCAAGCGCUUGUAUAUAUUUCUGAUAUGAAGCUUACAGAAGUUUUGCUUAAUAGAUUACAAUAUGAAAAGGAUGAUGGAAUAAAAAUAAAAGUGUUAUAUACAUUAUCUUCUAUUGUUAAAUCAUCUAGUGGAAUGAAUGAAUUUUAUAUGACGCAUGGUGAUAAAAUACUUUAUGAGAUAUUUAAAAAAACGCAAAACCCUGCUUUGAUAUCAAAAUGUGCAAGUUUUAUAGAGGAUAAUUAUUUCCAAGAUCAAAAUUAUAAUAAUGAUAAAUUUAAAACAACAUCGCUUUCUUUUUCUAUGUAUAUUGAUUCAAUUAUUAAACAUUGGUGUGAAGAUUUUCAAUUAGUGCUUUUUAGGAAUGAAUUAGAUACAGAUUCCAAAGAAAAAAUAUUAUCUGCAUUGAGUAUUUUAAAAAAAAAACAUUAUAGUAUAUGUAAGCCUGUUAGUGGGUUUUUAGAAUUUUUAAAUCAUGAAACUACAUUAGUAUAUGAAAAAGGACAUCCAUAUAUAGGUCUUCUUGAAUCCAUUCAACAUUUAUUUCAAACUUUUGGCGAGGAAGAUAGAACAUAG